CUGACUAUGCAAACACAGCAGUAGCGUUGAAGCCAGUGUCAACCUAGCACUCACCUUAUCUCCAGUGAGUCAGGCGACAUGGACCACCGUCGCGUAGAGCGGGUGGGCCUCCUGUCCCCCCUGGAGGAGUCGAGCGCCGAGAUUAGCCGGGACAGCGGCAUCGUGUCCCAGAGCGCCAGCAGCCUGUCGAUGGUCAGCGACAUCCUCAGCAGCGGCACCGUGUCGCAGAGCCCCAGCUUCGGCGCGGCGGCUAACGUCGUCGCGUCGCCCAGUCCGAGCUUUCACGAGGCGGUGGCGGCAGCGGCGUCCCAGAACGCUCCCGAAAGGCUCGACGACGACCUGGUCCAAACCGCCAUCGCGUACUCCUCCUACGUGAAGGCCACCGCGGGAGAAGAGAUUCUGUGCCUGGAGAAAAGCUUGGAGGAAAUGUUGACCAGAGUUGACGAGUUUGUCGGCAUGCUGGAUAUGAUUCGUAGCGACACGACACAGAUCGUGAGUGAAAACCUACCUCAAAUUCAGCAAAAGUCAGAGGAAAUGAGGCAACUGUACAGACGGAUCGACAAGUUAGAGGGCUUUGUCAAAAUGGUGGGUGCCAACGUCAGCGCCAUGGAGGAGCAGUUGACCCAUGCUGAGGGAGAAGUGGCCACGCUACCGGGUGCCUUCAAGAAGAUUUUCCGCACAAUGAGCGUUCCGGGCUUCUUAAAUAAACCAAACAGUCCACGAAGAACGCCACAACAUCCACACCAUCAAGAAAUCCCACGAGUGUUCCGCACGGACGAUUACAUCGUCACGUCGCAGCCAACAGAACAGUCGUAAAGACGACGCUAAUAGCUGACUCUUCUCUUUACCAACAAGUCAACGGAAGCACGUGAAGUGACACUUAACUGUAGCAAAAAAAAAAAAAGAUUUUAUUAUUUAAAAAGUGCCUCAACGGUCUUCUUUUCUGCUGGUUCUUAGCUUUGUACAGGCCUGAUGCAUCUCCUGAGACAAUUUUAUUUUGUAAAGUUUUUCAUAAUGUGCAUGUUGUCCUAAGUUAAUUUCCAAUCAGUCUAUUCAAUCACCAUGAGCAAUAUGGACCUCAAGUGUUACAUGUCUUCCAUUUAAAAAUGCUAAUUGUAUACAUAGCUUCUUGUUUCUUACUGGCUGCGUGGUUGUCAUUUGAAAAAGCACAUUGACUUAAGCUGAAGUUUGGCUGUAUACUAUAGUGAAACUGUGCCUGAGCUUUUCGGCAGCCAAGUGGACCUGUGAUGUGACGUCAGCUUCAUUGUUUAUCACGAUGAUUACAGCAAUGUCUGAUUGCUAAAAUAAGACGUUGCGGGAUUAUUUUGAGCACAUUUUGAGAGUAAGUAUUAAAAGUUUUUUUUUUUAAAUAAUGUGGUUUCGUUGUCUGUCUCGUUUUUGUCAAGGCUCGCUAGUUUGUCAUAGGCUAGGGUGACCAAACGUCCUCUUUUGCCCAGACAAGUCCUACUUUCACGUUGUAUCCUCGUCGUCCGGGCAGGUUUUAUAAAUUCAUAAAAAUGUCUGGUUUUUAUGAUUUUUCACGGGACCAAUUUGAAGAGAAUCCCUCCGGCCGCUGGGUGGCAGCAGUUGACGGCUCCUACUAGAAGGGAGGGAAGGAGUUGUUCUACUUGUUUUUGUUGGCAGUUUACCCCUAUGUUGAGGCCAUCUACUGGGUUGACGAAUUGGCCACAACGCCUGCCCAGUUGCUAAGUUUUUUUUUUUUUUUUACGAUAAAUACGUAUAUAAUGGCAACUUUUGACUUCUGUCGGAGCUUUGACUGUAAAAUCCCGUUUGAUGUCGCAUCGUUGCGCUGCCGAUGAUUGUAAACUUUUGUAGCAAAGUUUGAUUUUUGCCUCAGCUAACCGUAAGCUAAACCAUGCUACGCAUUAUGGGAAACGUAAUUUUGAACUGCUACGUUUGGAAACAUGCUGGUUGAAUAGUUUAUCAGUUUUUUUCGUUUUUUGUUUGUGUGCAAUCU